CGGGGAUGUCCCCGUGGUCCCCCGCCGGUGUCGCCGGUGUCGCCGCUGUCGCCGGGCCGUCCCCUUUAAGGCCCCACGCCCUCAGGUGCGCACCUGGGCAGGUGACGGUGCCGGAGGUGACGGUGCCGCGCGGGCGCCAUGGCCGCCUCCGCCCUCUUCAUCCUGGACCUCAAGGGGAAGCCCCUGAUCAGCCGCAACUACAAAGGGGAUGUGGGGCUGGGGGAGAUCGAGCACUUCAUGGGGGUCCUGCUGCAGCGGGAGGAGGAGGGGACCCUCACCCCCGUGCUGACCCACGGCCCCGUGCACUUCCUGUGGAUCAAACACGCCAACCUGUACCGUAUCCUUUAUCCUGGGACCCCCACCCAAAUCAGGGACCCCCACCCAAAUCCCAAAUCCCAAAUCAGCCCGGGACCCCCACCCACUGCAGGGACGCCCACCCAAAUCCCAAAUCCACCCGGGACACCUCCAGGACCAAUCCACCCGGGACCGACCCCCACCUAA